CACCACUGGACUGACAGUCUGUCUGUCACUCAACUCAACACUCUCCGAACGUACAAUGAAUCGCAUGCCCCAGCAGUUCAGCCCGCGUGUAGGCCUGGAGGUGCUCCUGGAUGGGCAGAAAUCCCAGCUGGUUCGUUAUCGGGCCAAUGCCGAUUGCCCACACGAGGGGAACUCCAAGUUGGAGACCCCAGAGAUGCUCCUAAACGCCGAUAGCUCCCAGUUGUCUCUGGAUGAGGGCCUUGAAGUGGCCCCAUUCGUCGGGGGAUCCGAAGAGGGCCCAGAGAUUGCAUCACACGUCGAUCAUCUUACGUAUGGGCAUGGGAACAGCUCAGAGAUUCCCCCAAGCUCCGACGACUCCUCUUUGGUUUGCUAUGAGGGCGGAGAGACCUGCACAGACGAAAAUAGUUCACAGUUGGGUGCGGAUGAGAGCUCAAAGAUUUGCCCGUACGAGGCCAGUUCCCAGGCCUUGAAGAUUGGCCCACUAGAGGCUAAGGACGACGAGGACGACUACCAGUCGGGCGUACAGAUCGUAGAGAUCUUACAAACCCCCAGGGGAGUCCCGAAAGUGACCCGCGACAUGGCGGAGAUCAAUAUGCGUAAGAAGCGGUGGGAAGACAAACUGAACGCCUACAAGGGCGUUCUGGCACGCAAUCACGAGCUGUGCGCCAUCUACGAGCAAACGCGACUUGAAAUAGCCGCAGGGCUGGCUGAGAUUACCAUGGAAUUGGGGGAAAUUGACUUGGACAUGGAAGAUAUUCCAGGGGACCAAGCGGACCGCCCAGAGGACGUCUCUUCGGAUGGGAACGAAAUGGCUGUGGUCAAGGCAGAUGAAAAGCCAAACUCAUCCCACGGCAGCUGUGCUGUUUGCUGAGACUUCGGCUCACUCUCUAGCCCGAGGUGCUUGUUUAUUUAUUUUUAUGUAACAUUGAGUUUUUAGCGCGGUGCAGGCACACACACAAGACACACACAUGAGACACUAUCGCAGGACAGCAAUUAAAUUCAUGUAAGGCAAACCAAA